AUGGCGAUCGAAGACAUGGUUGACAUCGCGCUCGAGACGGGUGCGGUCGACAAUAGGGACGAUCCACCGCAGUCCGGGGCUAGGGUGGAGGGCGAUGGACCCACACAUACGGGUGACAGCACGCCGCUUGUAUCCAGCAUGCAGACGGUCGGAGGAGGUAUGGUCGCCUUCGAGUUCUCUUCGGAGGGGGUCAUCGGGGACGACAUGGUGCUAGACGAUGACCGCUGGAGGUGGCGGCACACCGUGUCAUACUGGGUUUGCGUUUGUUACAUCCUCGGUUCGAUGUUGUUCGUCGCCGGGAGCGCGUUCUGGUACAAGCACUACGUGCAUGAAAGCAGGGAACGAGCGUUGGUGGUGUACCCUUUCCUGCUGGGAUCGAUACUGUUCACGCUGGGGGGCUACCUGGGCAUGUUCCAGGCCAUCAACUUGGGACGGCGCGGGACGAGCAAGCUGUGGGAGUGGUCCCCGGAGAAGGACGGUUUCCUCGGGUACUGGUUUUACUUCGUCGGUGCGUUGGUAUUCAACGUGUCCUGCAUUGAGCCUCUUGAGCUGUUUGCGGACUGGCCCGACUGGCUGAAGAGAGAGAUGGCGUGGGGGGCGGCGGAGGUGGGCUCCUUGUGCUUCAUCGCGGGGGCAUUCGUGGAGCGGCGACGGCUGGCCGAUGGGAUCCGACGUCGCCGGGCUGGGUGUACACCACCUACCUCAUCGGGUCGGUGA